CAUACUAGAAACUUUAACUUCACUCUAUCACCACAAUAAUCAUAUGUUUACGCCAAAUAUAUAUACUGCUUUUGUGUUGGUUCAUGAGGUUCCACUAACUAUUGUUUUUUUUUACUAACUAUUGUUUUCGGUUUUUCUUUUCUAUUGGAUUAGUAGCUGAAACGAAACAAAAUAUAGUAGAUAAAGUCACUAGGAUAACUUUUUUUUUUAUUUUUUUGUCACAAAAAUAGUCUUCAGUAAAAAAAGUGAUUAAAAUAAGUUUUAUUAAAAAGUAAAGAUGUAUUUUUACUCUAAGGUUAACAAAUCUAGACUUAAAAUUUAAAAUUAAGGGGUGAAAUUCUGGGGAUAUAAUUUCAAAUUUAAAAAAAUAAAAAAAAAUAUUAAAAAUUUUAAAAUAAAAAUAGGUUAUUUUGAUUUUUUUUAAAACUAUUUUGUGACAAAAACUUAAAAGAGAAUAUUUGAGAGAAUUGUUCAAUAUAUUAUAGGUCGAUUUUAAUAGGGUUUCAACUUCGAUAAAUAACAAAAUAUAUUCACUUUAAUUUUUAGUUGUGUUUAGUCUUAGGUUAGGUACAUAUUGUGUUAGCCAUUAUUCAAGAAUCAAAAUUAAUAUUUUAGCUAAUUUAAACUUUGUUUGAUUUCGUGUUUAUGCAUUUUCCGAUUAGAUUAGGUUCAGUUUAUCACACAUUGAAUAACACUGUAUAGAAAGUAAACAAAAACCUUAAGCAAAGUAGCAAACUCACAUUCAAAUACAUAUAUCAUCGAAACCAACAACCGAAAAGAAAAACUCUUGCACCACUUAGCUUUUUGCUUGAACGUCCAAAAGGAAAACCUUUUCCACCGAACACAUAUUCUUUAAACUAUUAAUAAAGUGAGAUAUAAUUCUUUUUUAAUCAAAUUCUAAUUUCUUACUAUUGAAGCUAAAAGUUUCUUUAUAGAGGCAGUAUCAUUACAACAUAAAUGCACUUUGAUCACUGAUCAGUAGAGAGAAAGAGAGCACGAACAAAAAAAAAGCUAGCAUUGAUUUGUUCAUCAUUACAGUAACAAAAGACAUAUGGCUUCAUCUUUAAUCUUAACACUCAUCAGUUUCAUCUCUCUCUCCUCACUUUCCUCCUCUUUGCCGACGACAAAUACAAUCCCAUCUUCUCCAACAAUCUUUCCCUUUGAAGACCAGAUCUCGCCGGAGAUAGCUCCUCUCCUCCCUUCUCCCGCCGCCACCUCCACUCAAACCGUCCCUUCUACUAAUUCAACCCUUCCGGAUCCUCAAAACGAUGACGUUAUGGCCGAUCCUGAUCCAGCCUUUGCUCCCUCCGCUCCCCCGCCGGCUUCUUCUCUUGCUCUUCCGUCUUCUCAAGCUCCCGGAGUUGUCCUCUCCGUUGUUUUCGCUGCCGUGUCUUGUUUCUCGCUCCGGCUUCUUGCUGUUUCAGCUUUGUAAUUCAUUUAUAUACUCACGCACGCACUUGUUUUCAUGAGUUUAAUUGUCUCGAAAUCAUUUUAUAUCUCGAAAUAAACAUUUUUUUAUCCAUCUAA